UCGGGUUGGGCUGUCAGUCAGUGAGCGGAGGGGGAAGAUGGCUCGCCGGGGCCCGUUCUACUAGGAAGAAGGGGGGCAGGUAGUGCUGCUACUCGGGAGAUAGCAGAGCAGCCGCCGUCGCUGUCGCUGCGAGCCGGACAAGUCGAGGUUCUGUAGGUGAAAGUUGGGGAGCCGCUCUGGUUGAAGGUUUAGAACAGAUGUGGAAAGAUGUUCACUUCAGAAAAAGGAGUUGUGGAGGAAUGGUUGUCAGAGUUUAAGGCACUACCAGAAACAUCUUUAUCAAAUUAUGCCACAAAUUUAAAAGACAAGAGUGCUUUAGUUUCAUCUCUGUAUAAAGUUAUCCAGGAGCCACAAAGUGAGUUGCUAGAACCUGUCUGUCACCAGCUCUUUGAAUUCUAUCGCAGUGGAGAGGAACAGUUGCUUCAAUUUACACUGCAGUUUCUCCCAGAACUGAUUUGGUGCUACCUUGCAGUCUCAGCCAGCAGAAAUGUGCAUAGCAGUGGAUGCAUUGAAGCUCUUCUUCUAGGAGUUUACAAUUUGGAAAUAGUUGACAAAGAGGGACAUAGCAAAGUAUUAAGUUUUACAAUUCCAUCUUUAUCCAAACCAUCUGUAUAUCAUGAACCUUCCAGCAUUGGUUCCAUGGCUCUGACUGAGAGUGCACUAUCCCAGCAUGGUUUGUCGAGAGUUGUGUACAGUGGACCUCAUCCUCAAAGGGAGAUGCUAACAGCCCAGAAUAGGUUUGAAGUAUUGACAUUCCUUUUGUUGUGUUACAAUGCUGCUUUAACCCAUAUGCCCAGUGUUUCUCUUCAAUCACUGUGUCAAAUUUAUUCAAGAAUCUGUGUUUGUGGAUAUCCUCGACAACAAGUAAGAAAAUACAAAGGUAUAAGUAGCAGGAUACCGGUUUCUUCAGAAUUCAUGGUGCAAAUGUUAACAGGGAUUUAUUUUGCCUUUUACAAGGGCGAAUGGGAUCUAGCUCAAAAAGCAUUGGAUGAUAUUAUAUACAGAGCCCAGCUGGAGUUAUAUCCAGAGCCACUGCUGGUUGCUAAUGCAAUAAAGGCUUCAUUGCCUCAUGGUGCCAUGAAAUCUAGUAAGGAGGGCACAAGGUGUAUUCAAGUUGAAAUUACACCAACUUCCUCUAGAAUAUCAAGAAAUGCAGUAACCAGCAUGUCUAUAAGAGGUCAUAGGUGGAAAAGACAUGGAAAUACAGAUUUAACAGGUCAAGAGGAACUGACGGACAUAUCUGAAGUUGACGAGGGAUUUUAUUCCAGGGCUGCGUCUAGUACCAGCCAGUUGGGUUUAUCAAACAGUAGUCACAAUUCUAGUAACAAGACAAGUGUAGGAAAGAACCAGAGACGGUCAGGAGGAAGCAAAACUGGAGGAAAAGAAAAAGAAACUACAGGGGAAUCUUGCAAAGAUCACUUUGCUCGAAAACAAACUCAGAGAGCCCAAAGUGAGAGUCUUGAGCUUCUCUCUUUGAAGAGACUUACUUUAACAACCAGCCAAUCCCUGCCUAAGCCUAGUAGCCAUGGUUUGGCCAAGACCGCUGCUACUGUGUUUAGUAAAUCCUUUGAACAAGUCAGUGGUGUCACAGUCCCACAUAACCCAUCACCUGCUGUUGGUUGUGGGACUGGGACAGAUGCCAAUAGGUUUUCUGCUUAUAGUCUCCAGGAAGAAAAGCUUAUUUACAUUUCUGAAAGAACUGAACUUCCGAUGAAGCAUCCAUCAGGUCAGCAGAGACCUCCUAGUAUUAGCAUUACUCUGUCAACAGAUUAAUUUCUAACUUAUUUUUCUCACUAACCAGUCACUCUGGAAAUACCACUUUGCUUCUGUAUGAAAGUGCCCUAGGUCUUUCAUCCCUGUUCCUGGGAGGAGCCCCAAUGUCUUAAAUUCUGAAGGCUACCUUGAAUUUUGAAGGGAAUAAUGUCUAGGUUGCAGUAUGUUGAAAUAUGAUUUUGUUAUUUCUUGGUUAUGUUCUUCCCCUUGCUUUGAGUCUUAUUUUCUUUCCUAUAUUUUACUGUUGCCCUGAGAUUGCCAAUGUGACAAUAAAUUUUGGUAGAUUGUCUGAUCAGGUUGGCUACAUCAUAUGUGAGGCUAUGAGGGUUUUUUUGUUUUUUUUUUUUUAAAUAACUCCUGUUUUGGUAGCUGUAUGUUUGGCUUUCAGAGUGAAAGGGAACCUCCAAACUUGGGAACUGUUUCAUAAAGGAUGAGGCAGAUGUGGAACUCCAGGAAUUCUACAGCUGGCCAUUUAACAAGCCAGUUUGAAAAACAGGCAUAUGAAAAUCAAAAAUGAUGUGUAUAAAAAGUACCUGAUAAAAAUGUUUGUAACAAGGUCAUCUUUAAGAUUAGAACAGCUUAUUCAAAGCACUGAAAAAUGUCUAGAAUAUUAUAUAAUGUGAGGAGAUGAAAAUUAUAUGAUUCCAGAAGACAGAUGGAGGGAUAUCUGUUGUUAUCUUUGGGACAUUUUUAUAUCAAAAGUCAGAUUGUUGCUAGGUGUGUUGUUCUGAAGUGUUUCACCUGGAUUUAUCAGAUGAAAAUCCCUUAUAAUUCCUAUGAUAUAAUAGGCUGUAAAGCUGAUUUACCCUGCUCCUCGACUUUGGGAAUCCUAGUUACUUUGGAUUCCUAUAAUUCAGAGCAUGUAUCAUUGAAGACUUCCUGGAAGUCAUUGUAAAUAUUGCAACACAGGUCUCAAGACACCAAUAUCAACCAUAUAAGAUUGAAUUGUUUGCCUGCAAAUGAAAGAUAUUAGAUAAUUUUUUCAUCGAUGAAAUGUCAUGAAAGAAAAUUAAGAAUAGUGAAAUAUAGACAAAGGGCAUUUAUAUAAUAACUAACUUAGGGUUUUUUAUGUUUGUGUUCUUAAAUUUAAAAUUACAAAGUAUGAAAAAAAGAAGUAUGUUUCUUGUUUUGUGACAGGCCUAUUUUAAAUGUUUUAUUAUGUUGUAGAAGGAAUAACAAAUUUAGUUACCUUCCCCUAACGAAAACUAAAAAUAAGCUUGUAUGAAGCUAUAGAGAGUAUGUGACCUCUAGAUUGACAUAAAAGUUUGGUGUUUGCUAGUGGUGGUCAUUUCAGCUAUGGUUGAGGUUCCCUGUAAAUCAAGGCUGCUGAAGUAAUAAUUCAGAGUCAGAGAAAGCAGUGCGAGAAUGAGAGCAAGUUGGCUGGGGAGGAAGGCCCAGGGAGCUGUUCACUUUCUUGGGCUUUUACUAUUAGUACACAGUAGUGUCCUUAUCCACAGACUCUCGCUGUGGGCACACAAAGAGAAAAUACUAGUGUUUUCCUCUUCUGCCUGCUUAUCAUGACCUCAGAUAUAUGAAAAAUGUGUAUGUCUUGAAGGGUCCCUGAAGCAUUUACACACUAUGGAUGCAGUUUUGACUAUGACUGCUUUGGCCACAAAUUUAAAUCUAGUUCUUCAAAAAGCAUAAACUAGUUUUCAUUCAUUAGUCCUAAUUGCAGUAUGAUUUUUGACAUAAGUACAUUUCAUGUUUUUAGUUCCAGUAAUAGAAUAGAAUAAGAUCUAAUGGCCUAAAUUGUAGCAAAAAGAAUAUAAGACAACCAGAAAGUGAAAGUUGAUAUUGUAUUCACUUAAUAGGAAUCCUGUGUACAAUUUUAAAUAUUUGUAAAAUGUCGCUGUGAAUUUCCUGUUGUCUUUUUGUAAUUCUUUAACAAAGAUUUUUCUCUAGGUAUAGGUACUAACAGUGUUGAUAUUAUUAAGAACUAAUUUAAAAGAUUGGCACUUUAAGCAAGUUGAGUUGCUUAGGAAAUGUUUUUGAAUAAGUUUGAGUAACUUAUUCUCAGAUGGCACAGAUGACAGCUCAGAUUUUAAAGUUCAACCACUGUAAUGGAACCUCAUUUUGCUAUUAUGCUAGACCCUUGCUACGCAGGGUAGUCUGAAGACUAGUAAGUAGCAUUGGCAUCACCUGGCAGCUUGUUACAACUGCAGAAUUUCAGCACCACCCAGACCUAUGGAAUCAGAAUCUGCAUUUUAACAAGAUCCGCAGGUGAUUUUUACGCACAGUAGAGUUUGAGAAGUGCUGGUCAAGAGACUAUCAGAGUACAAACAAAUCACUUGUCUAAUAUUUAGAAUUCUUGGUGGUCUCACAACCCUAGAUCAUGGAAAUAUGUUAGUUAGGUACUACUAGAUCAUUAUAACCUUUGUUGUUUCUGACAGCUAAUUAACUUUUAAUAACAUUGACACGACUUCUAAUUUUGAAUUUUUAAUGAUUCUCAUUUAUUUUUGCAAUAAAAAUGUAACGUUUUAUAUUUUUCUUGUUAUUCAUAAAUGGAGUCAGAUGUGUAGAUGCUUGCAAUUGUAAGUAUGGAAGGGCUACCACCCUUUUAUACAAUGCACAACCGAUUUGCUUGUGUAUUCUUUUUUUUAAUUUCUGGAGGCUUACUCAGUGGGGUGGUUUUGAAUUUUUGCUCCAAAUAACUUGCACCAGUUGAUUUUCUGGAGUGUUAAAUUAUGUUAACAAUGAAAUUAUUUUAUAGAAACUUUGAUAAUAUUUCAAAUAAGGAUUAUGAAUUUGAAAAUUUUGUAGUAAUUAUAAAUAUUGAAUAAUAUUAACUAUGGUAAGAAAUUGUUAUUACUCCUUCUGCCCUUUCCUUACUCACCUUCCCAAAUUUGAAAAUUUGGGAAGGCUUUUGUAGGUCAUUUUGCUGUGAAGAUGCUGGUAUGACAAUUUGCUCAUGGACUUCAGAUAUAUCCAAUAUACAUUUUACCAGGAGAAGGAUUCCACAUAAAAUUGUGGUCUUAAACCCUGUAGCUCAGAGGAUCUGAGUAGAAAUUGCAGCUCCAUUCCACAUUUUAAACUUCUAAGGAUUCUGGAAAUUACCCAACCUCUCACUCUGGAAACAGCAAACUGCCUGGGGUAUGUUGUAGUGAAGCUCGACCCUAGCACUAGCGUUUUGGAAGCCAAGUGGGGAGAGAAACAACUAUGUAGACUUUUCAAGGGAGUGUCCCAGAAUAUGGAGGGCAAGGAUGUCUUCCCUUUUUGCCCCCGAAGCUACAGGAAAGCACCCUGGAGUUCUUGCUCACCAUCCUGGAACUUAAUUUAAGGCAGUUUCGUAGAUUUGAAGAGUAGAAAUUCUCAGUCCUUAAAUGAUGACUGAAGUUUGUUUUGGAGAUACAAUAUUUUAUUGCUGUUUUCAUUUAUGAAGCAACUGCUCAGCAAACAUAACUCAUUAAAAUAAAAAAAAAAAGUUGAAGGGAAAUAUCUUAUUUAAGCCAAAAUAGAUAAAAACGAUCCCAGUUUUUAAGGGAUUUUGCCUAUUUUGGAAGAAUAAAAUUAAAGCGUUAAAACUGCUAAAUUUAAAUUACAGAGAAAAAAAUGUACUCAGACAUAAUUUUAAACAUAUAUUUUAAAUGAAGCAGUUUAACAUUUGAAUCAAUAGGCAGAAUAAAUGUAUGCUUUAUUAAAAGUCAGCACAUCAAAGGAAAUAUGUAUGUUAAAUAAUGUAACUGAAAAAAAAAGAUUAAAAAACAUUUAAUGAGAAACAUAAUUUGGUGGUUACUUAAGUAUUAUAGGUAGAAAUUAAUGUAUAGUAGGUUCUUCUCAAUCUUUAGAUGAAAAACAAACUCUCUAGUCCUUUACUUAGCAUGAAUUAUACUUUUAGAUUUGUUGUUUAGUAAAAUUAUACUUAAUAUUUAGAGUUAACACAUUUGUGUUUAAUAUUGGUAAAUUCUUCAUUAGAGAGCAUAAAUAUGUUGUCUUCUAUACUUUCUAACUUGUGCAUAUAUGAAGAGACUAGCAGUGGACAUUUUGGAAGAUGUUUUUGUGUUUUUUAUGGUAGAGUUCUAGGGUACCUGUGUCUUAGUAUGAAGUUUUUACUAGUAAACUCAAGAUCCUAUUCACAUACUGUUGCUUUCUCUUAUAUGGAGUUUCUUGUGUACCUCUCACCUUUACUUCUAAUCACGUAGUGAUACUAAUCAUUUCAUAGUGAAUAUACUUGUUUAUAAUUGUAUUCCUAGAGUUUACAUUCCUCAACUAUGACUUUGGAUAUUUUUAUGUGCUCAUUACCUUUGUAAGACUAUGGAAAUAAACUGGAGUUUCGUUUUUU